AUGUCGGCCGUUCAGGGACUCUUUCCACGUCAAACCUCGUUCGCUCCCAAUUCCGAUCUAUCAAAAGGAGAGCAGGUCCUCCAAUUGAUUGCUAAUCCUUUUCAAGCUUCACUUCAAACAGGUGCCUUUUGGGCUUCCCUUGCAACUUCACUAGGACUCAGUGCCGGUCUCGCUCUCCUAUUUUGCCUCAUCCGACCUCGAAACAAUGUCGUCUAUGCCCCAAGACUGAAAAAUGCAGACAAAGAUCAUGCCCCUCCUCCAUUGGGGAAGGGGUUGUUUAGUUGGGUCGCGCCUGUCAGGAAAGCAUCAGAACCGUUUCUGAUGGAGAAAAUCGGCAUGGAUGCGGUUGUCUUCCUGCGUUUCACCCGGAUGCUGCGCAACAUGUUCCUGGUUUUGGGUAUUAUCGGCAUUGUCGUCAUGAUUCCCGUAAACAUCACACAAGGGAACAAGGCAAUCACACAUGGUCUGAACGCCUUCGCCAUCAUGACGCCCUUGUUCAUAUUUGGUGAGGGGCUAUGGGCUCAAGUGGUCGUGGCAUGGUUGAUCGAUUUGGUGGUGAUAUACUUUCUCUGGCACAAUUACCGUCGAAUCCAUCACCUGCGACGAGUCUACCUGGAAAGCCCCGAGUAUCAGAGAAGUCUACAUGCUCGGACAAUAUUAAUUCGAGAUAUCCCGGCCACUCUCCGAAGCAACGAAGGCAUCGCUCGAAUCACGGACGAAGUUAAUCCGACCAGCACUGUUCCAAAAACGACCAUUGGACGCAACGUGAAGGUAUUACCAGAGUUGAUUGAGGAACAUGAGGAAGCUGUCAGGGAACUAGAGUCUAUUCUGGCGAAAUACUUGAAGAAUCCAGACAAGCUGCCACCAAACCGACCAACGAUCAAGGCGCCCAGCAAAUACAGAGGUCAGACAACGAAUGGCAAGGUCGACGCCAUUGACUAUCUCACCGACCGUAUCCGAGCCCUCGAGAUGGAAAUUAACGAUAUCCGAGACCGCGUGGACAAUCGUGAUGCUAUGUCUUACGGCUUUGCCAGCUGGGAUCAGAUUUCCGAAGCACAUACAGUUGCAUUCCUGGCACGGGGCAAACGCCCUCAGGGCGCCAAGAUUCGCCUAGCACCGAGACCCAACGAUCUUAUUUGGGAUAAUUUAAAACUCUCUCGAGGAUCGCGCAAGAGCAAGCGGGUGAUGAACGGCAUCUGGAUCGCCGUCCUGACAGUCGUCUGGACUCCAAUCAACGCCGGGAUAGCGAUCUUCCUCUCCAACUUGUCAAACCUGGGUCUCGUUUGGCCCGCCUUCAAAACUCAGCUGGAAGCGCACCAUGCAGCCUGGUCUAUCGUACAGGGUAUUGCCGCUCCGGCGAUUACUUCGCUCUUUUAUCUUCUGCUUCCGAGCAUCUUUCGGCGCCUUCAGGUCCGUGCCGGAGAUGUGACCAAAACCGAUCGAGAACGACACGUCUUUCGGAACUUGUACUCCUUCUUCACCCUGAACAAUUUGAUUGUAUUUUCCAUCUUUUCAGCUGUUUGGCAAUACGUGACGAUUGUGAUCCAGUACAACAAACAAAGCAACGACCUCUGGGACUCUCUGCGAAAAGGCCAAUUCUUCCUUGUGAUCACAACCACGCUCUGCCAGAUCUCACCAUUUUGGGUUACUUGGAUCCUUCAGCGAACUCUGGGCGCCGCUACUGAUCUAGCCCAGCUGUGGCAGCUAACCUACACCUGGUUUGCGAGAACAUUCUUGGCUCCAACUCCCCGACAGAACAUCGAGUGGACCAAACCUCCAGCCUUUGACUAUGCCAGCUACUACAACUAUUUCCUUUUCUACACCACGGUGGCCCUUUGUUAUUCUACCCUACAGCCGAUUGUGCUUGUUGUUACCGCAUUAUAUUUUGUGAUCGACGCAUUUCUGAAGAAAUACCUUCUCAUGUAUGUGUUUAUCACCAAGACCGAAUCUGGCGGUCAAUUUUGGACGACUAUGUUCAACCGAAUCAUAUUUGCCACGAUGCUUUCCAAUGUUGUUAUUGGCGUGGUCGUCAAAGCCAGAGGAGAAUGGACCCUUGUUGCGGCAAUUGCACCAUUGCUAGUCAUCAUGCUUGCUUUCAAAUGGUAUUGUAUGAAGACUUUCGAUUUGGACCUGAAGUACUACUCUCGAGGUGGUAUGCACGAUCAAGAACGUAUGGCGGCGGACGCCAAGCCCAGGGACGCGGAGAAGGUCUCGUCCAAGUUUGGUCAUCCAGCCUUGUACCAACCGCUCAUGACACCGAUGGUGCAUGCCAAGGCCCAACAUGUCCUCGCAGAGAUCUAUCGAGGCCGAUUACAGUCUGACGGAGGACAAUCCAUGGCCUUCUCAGACAUAGCCAUGCAACCCAUGAGCCAGGCGAGCAAGCCGGCCCAGGAUGUUCCCUUUGAGUUUGUCCCUGAGGCUCAACAGGACUUCCAAUUCUACAAAAAUCGCGAGGAUUUCCGCGAGGAUGCAGGUGAUAUGCUCUCCACUUCGCGAAGCCAAACACCAGCCUCGUCGUUCGUCGGCCAAAAGGAUUCUUCGCCAUCAAGUUCCAGGGACACGAGUCCUGCGCCUGAGGUGGUAACACAACAACAGACGACUGUCCAUCGCAAGCAGUUCGAUCAAUCCAACGUUCCUAGCCAGCUCAGACCUUCUCCUGCGAUCACCCCUGAUGGCUCCAGCGGAGGCCUAGGGCCACGUCAUGGUCCGUACACAGAUCCAUAUGACGACAGGACAAACUUGCUAGGAGGUGUGGGCGAUGUCAGAACACCGAAUGGCGAGUUCAUGUCUCUGGACCGGUGGCGGACGCCGGUGGGGAGUCGGGAUGGAAGCGAAGCCGACGUUUAUCGAGACGUGACCCCCAGGGAAGAGCUGAAUACGAAUUAUGAUUAUUUCCGAGAGAGACGGUGA